AGGCACCCGCUUCCGAGCCCUCGCAGCGGCCGGUCCCUGAGCCUGGCCCAGACCUCGGGCCCCGUCAAGCGGAAGCCGCUCUCGUCGACCGCCUCGCCCGCCGCCGUGCGCUUCGUCAAAGACACUGCGAAUGUUGGCGCCGUCGCGGACCUGCCCCGGCCGGAACAGAGGUUCGCGAGGUCGUGCUCGCUCGACAGCCCGACGCUCUACGAGUUCCCCGACCACCGCAGCUUGCUGGCAACAAGUGCGCUGAACACAGUGGACUGGCCAGCGAGUGCUGCCAGCAGCCAACCAUCGUCUCCCGCCGCCGACCGGUUCGUCCAGCCUGCCGUCCCGGGUGACGUGCGCUCGCGAAACACUGCGGGAAGUAACCCUGCAGCGAGUCAAACCUCCCACACCCCCUCCGAAGACGAGAGUCUUAGCGCCGAGUCAGCCAGUCUGGCCAGUCAGGAGCCGCCCCCGUACGAGUUGGACGAUCUGUACACCGUUCCCGGUUCCCCUGAGCCGCAGGCGACCAAACGCACCACCAUCAUUAAUGUUAAUACUAAGACCAUGUCCAUGUUUGCGCGGAAAUCGCCUCCUCCGCAGCUCAAGCUUGGAUUGAACGACAAGAAUGCCCCGGCCACGACACCUGCAACGCCACUAGAACCCAGUAAUCUUAAUAAGCCGCUGCCCAAGUCACCGGCGACCUCCAAACUCAGCGCCUUCUUCGGCUGGGCCACCACACCAUCGCCGUCGACAGCAACCGACUACUCGGACAAGGGCUUCUCUCCUCUCGCUUCACCUGCGUCCCCCAAGGCCGCAAUCGCUGUGACGGAGUCUCCCGAGACACCGGUCACUUCGAAGAGCCCGAGCCUCCCCAAUGCCGCCGAGCAAAACCCGCUACGGUAUUGCGAAGCCUACCUUCAGACACCCUCAGACACCACAAGGUCGUUGGGCCAGCUCGAAGAGAUGGAGGACGAGCUGAAAGCCAUCAGCGCCGAAUUGGCGUCGUCCAUCAGGCGCGAGAUGGACUUGGAAGAUCUCGUCGAAAGACUGCAGGAGCAGAUCAACAACCCGCAGGCACCCGGGAAGAGGACGAGCGACUACUUCUCUGAUUCCGGCUAUAGCUCGGCCAAGUUCAGCGACUAUGAUCAUGCGAAGGAGGAGAUCUCUCAGAUCCAGCGUCGUGCUGAACAGGAGAAGGCCCAGAUCCGACUAGAGCUCACGAACAAACUCCAGGAUGAACGCGAGAAGCGUCGGCUCUUGGACCAGCAGAUCCAGGAGCUUUCGAAGAAGGCGUCCCAGCUCGACGUUGCUCAGCUGAACGGCGCCGACGCCAGCGGGCGGGUCAAGGAGCUCGAGAGCACAUGCGAAGAAUUGAGCAGGAGGUUAUCGGAGGAGCGCGAGGUCAAAAACAACUUUCAGGACCUCCUAGAUGCGCUGAAGGGGGAACUGCAGAUGGCAUCCAAUGAGCGCGACAACCUACGCGACGAGGUUGUCCCUCAAUUGCGGGCCCGCGUCGAGGGCCUGGAAGCCGAGGCUGCCGAGCAGGCCAAGCUCGCCUACGAAGCGUCAAAGAUGCAGCAGGAACUCCAGCUGCUCAGGUCCCAGAACGCCGAGCUCCAGCAGGCGGGAACCCGCAUGUCCAUGGCACUGUCGAGGUCGGCGUCAGUCGCGGGCAGCUCGUACAGGAAUGGCCGCCACCAGUCCAUCACACGGUCGAACACGACAGCUACGAGACCGACCGAGCCUCGAGAGGUUCUGGCUGAGAGGUUAAAGGAUGUCGAGGCCCAGCGGGACGCGUUACACAGCGCGCUCAAGAACCUGCUCGAGCGCCAGGAGUUCCAGAACCGCGAGAACACCAAGAGGAUACGGCAGCUCGAGAUGGAGCGAGACCGGCUUCUCAGGGCAUCGCCCAAGAAGGCGGGCUACGAAAGGGAAGUCUCCAAUCUCCGCGAGGAGAUCAGUGUCCUGCGCCGCCGGGCGGAAGAGGCUAUCGAGCAGAAGUGGCAGGUCGAGAAAGGCCUCGCCGGCCUGAAGAUGGACCUGGAUCGCGCCGAGGAGGAGAUCGCCUCGCUGCGGAAACUCCUCAAGGAGAACGACAUCCUGAUCCCGGAGACCGUCGGCCGGCCAAGUAGCCGCCGCAGCGAGCACGAGCUACCCGUCACAUCGGCCUCGCUCGAACAGGCCUACCAGGAUCUGCAAGCUGCAUACAUGGACUCCCUCGCGCGCAUCAAGACGCUCGAGGAGAGCACGCGGAUGGACGAAAAGACGCAGCUCGCCAUGCAGCGCCUGGAACAGUCGCUCUCGGCGGCCGUCUCGGAUCGCGACGCCGCCCGCACCGAAGCUAGCGCCUACCGCACGCAGCUCGAGUCCCUCCAGGCAAGCGAGAAGCAGCACCUCGACACGGAGCGCGACCUGGCUGGGCAGCUUCACGAGUCGGCCCGCCGGGUGGAGGAGCUCGCGCAGCAAGUGCGCGCCCAGCUCGACGCCAACGCCAUGCUGCGCACCCGCCUCGCCGACACGAUCGCACGCGGCGAGGCCGAGCAGCGCGUGAGCACCCAGCGCAUCGCCAGCAUGCAGAACCGCCUCCGCGCGCUCGAGGAGCAGGUCGUGGCCGCGCAGACCAGCGCCGAGGAGCGCGUGGCCCGCCACGAAGAAGAGCUCGCCAACCUCCGUGAGGCCCACAGCGCCCAGCUGCAGCGCCUCCGCGACGCCUCGGGCAGCCUGCGCGGCCCGCAGCGGACCUUCCCGCCGAAAUCCCCGCUCUCCCCGAUGUUCAGCCUCCGCACCGCCCGCGAGACCCGCACUCAGCCGUCCUCCCCGGCGACGCGCCUGUCGACCCCGCCCGCGCUGCUCACCCCCGACGGCCGCCGCUCCCCGUCGCGCCCCGGCAUCCGCCGGUCGGCGACGGCGCCCGUCGACGGCGACAUGACGGCGCAGGUGGACGCGCUCAAGGCGCGGGUCACGCAGCUCGAGGGCGCGCUGGCCUCGGCCGAGGGCGAGAUGCAGGAGGUCGUGGGCCGCAUGAACGCGGCGCAGAUCGAGGUGCUGCGGCUGCAGGAGGAGCGCGAGGAGGCGGUGCGCGAGACGCGCCGGCUGCGCCGGCUGCUCGAGGAGGAGAAGGUCAGGGUGUUCGAGGCCCGCUUUAGGAGCAUCACGUCU